CUAGCCCCCCACGAGCGCCGCGACCUAGCAGCGACCUCCUGGUCCCUGGAUCUCGAGUGCGGCCAUGCGCGCCGCGCGAGCCGACACCAGGCCGCCACGACCGGACAAACCUCACGGAGCAACUCUGCCCGAAACAACUCUCCCGCUGGCAACGAAGGAAAUUUUUCCCCAGACAAAAUAGAUCCAAAAACUUUUCUUACUUUCAGAAUUCACAACUUACUGACAAUUAUUUUCUCAACGGUAAGGGACAUACAUGUUAACUAUUUUGUUUUCUGCAGAAGAAUUUCAGGAAAGAUACUAAGGAGGGAUUACUCAGAAUAUAUUGUCAGAGUGCCGAUAUUGGGUUGCUGGAAAUGGAAGAUUUUAAGACAUAAGUGUGAAACUGAACUUGUGCAUAUCGCUGUAGGAAGUACGGAACCAUUUGUGAUCAGAAACUAUUAUAAUUACAGUGUUUUUUAUAUGUGCAUAUUUCUUGGCAAAAGUACCCGAAGAGGUUAUCCGCACAAGCACACUUUUGCGCGGACAAAAAAUCGUGUUUACAUAAACUCAAAGGACCGUUGUUUCUCUAGAUACCGUUUUCUAAUAUCUAAGUUAAUGAACCGGGUAAAAUAUACUUCAAGUGGAUUUUUACCUUCUGGUAAAUCAGACUUACGGGGUCUCUGCAGAGAGAUAGUUGUUGAACAUCAUUGUGAGUUGUUUACGUUGGCAUUACUUAGUUCGCUAAUAACGUUUGUUGUAUUCUCAUUACUACCAGGAACUCACAAAGUGAUGGUGUUUCAGUUCGCAAGCACAGACACCUGUUCUUGUUCUGCAGAACAGUUGAGAAGUAUUGGUCUCCUUCGCAUUCGCGUGAUCGACUAUGGAAAGGCGGCAUGUGAGGAGACGUCGCUACCGAAGUCGAGAGAAAAACUGGACACAAAAAUGCAAAGAUUAUUUGAGGCAUUUCGUAGCGUUUAUGUUCAGCAAUGUUGGAAUAAUAGGGCUGGUCGUCAGUUACACGAUUGCAGGUGCUUUUAUUUUCAUAGCCAUAGAGAACAGAAAAGUGAUCGAUGGUAACGUGAUGGUGAUGAGGGAAAGAGAGAUCUUAGCAAAACACAUGUGGAAACUGACUUACGACAUGAAUGUGUUCAACGAGAGUCACUGGAAGAAAACCAUGUUGAGUGAACUCCAAAACUACCAAGAAAAGGUUGUGGAAGCUAUUCGCCUUGGGUUUGAUGGCACUGACAACGUUGGAGAAAGUUUCCAGUGGACUUUCCCUGGAGCAUUUUUGUAUGCACUCACCGUAAUCACCACUAUUGGUUAUGGCAAUGUGACUCCCAGAACGGAAUGGGGCAAACUCACCACGAUCUUGUACGCCAUUGUGGGGAUGCCACUGUUUCUGCUGUACUUGUCCAACAUUGGGGACAUCUUGGCAAAGAGUUUCAAGUGGACGUACGCGAAGAUAUGUCUGUGCCGAGGCUGGGGCACGUCCAGAAGAAGGGGCCUGAAAGCGAGGAGCUAUCCUCAGCAGAAAGAAGAGUCGAGAAUGCCCACACAUGACUUCGCCAGCACUGAAAGCAACUGGAAGGUUGACUACAUGCCAGGUGAGAUAAACGAAGAUCCGAACAGCAUUCGCCUGGAGAGAGUGGCGUCGGACGGCCUGAGUGCCGACGACGACGACGCAGAUGUGGAGGGCGACACCGAGAGCAGCGAAAGCGCCAGAUACGACCAAGAGUACGACCCUCAGACUGUCACAGUUCCUCUGACCCUCUGCUUGGCCGUCAUGGUCGGAUACGUGUGUUUCGGCGCCGUGUUGUUUUCCGAGUGGGAAAGUUGGAACUUCCUGGACGGGUCAUACUUCUGCUUCAUCAGCCUCAGCACCAUCGGUUUCGGGGACAUUGUUCCCGGAGACAACAUCUACAACAAGGGCAUCGACCUGAGCUUCAUAUUCUGCUCCAUGUACCUCAUGCUGGGCAUGGCCCUCAUCGCCAUGUCGUUCAACUUGAUGCAAGAGGAGGUUGUGCAUAAGAUGAGAACCUUCGUCAGGAGACUCACCAACAUGUGCAGUUGUCGCCGGAGGAGAACUAGGGAUCAAGGGUAGAAAAAAAACCGAGUUAAAGGAAAAACCGCGUGUGUGUGUGAAUACAUUUGAACGUGGCGGAAAAAAUCAAUUACACUGACAGUUUUCAAAGCUUUGUAAAAGAUUUUUCCAAUCAGAAAGUUUAACGAAUUGUUAAUCAUGGUUACUUAAGAUGACAAGUAGUAUAUUUCAUGGAAUUGUACUGAAAUAACUGUGCAUUAUCAAAAUGAUAGUUUAUCCUUUAUUUUGUAUUUAUAUAAGACUUUUCAAACUGCUGUUAAUAAAUAAAGUCAUGCUGAGAACAUUGGUUUAGUUUAGUCGGU